UUCAAAAUAUAAGCAAUAGUAACUGUCAGAUGCGACUGAAGGAUGUCAUAUGAGCUCUAAUAUUUACACAGAAUUUGUAAAAAUUUGUAAUAUAUCUUUUGAAAAAUUAUGAACAGCAUAUCGUUUCGUAUAUUCCGAGUUUUAAAGUUAAUCUAUACAUGUAGAUAGUGAUUCAUUUAUAUAUGAAUAGUUUACACAUUUGUAAUUGUAUACACACAUAUAAUGGAACUCGACAAUUUGGAGCAAUGUGUCAAAAAUUUAAACAACGUAGUGAACGAGUUUCCGAUUGGUGCAGUUUCGCUGGACGAUUACAAACCCAUUGAGAAGAAGAUUCAGACGGCAAAGGAAUCGCUGAUGCGUUUGAAUGCCAGGUUAUUAAUGCUUAAAGCAAGAUAUAAACAGGGUAUGGGUGUUGAAGAAUCGAGGGAGAUUGAGGAAGAACUUGGAGAUACACUUCAAAAAGUCAUAAGUGAUACACUCAUAAACGCCAAAGCUAUUAAGCUGUGCCUUCAUAGUACAACCAUAAUUUCUAUCUUCAAUAAUAAGGAGGGCAAUGCGGAAGACCAGAAAAAACUCAGCGCUUACAUGAGUAAGUUAUUUGCUCUCAAUGACAAUAUUAUAUCAGUCCAACAGUCCAUUGAAACAGCAUCUCAAGCACAAUUAGAUUUAAAGGUGGAGUGUCAGAAGGCCUUGAGUGAUUAUAAAAAUUUCCUAAAGGAACAGGAGGAGAUACAAAACAAAAAGUUGCAGGAAACAUAUCCCGAUAUUGUAAGAAACAAAACCCGAAUGGAAAAUACUCUAAGAAAAAUAAACAUAAUGAAGAAACUCAUUAGAAAUUUCAUAGCAGCAUCUAGUUUUAUGUUAAUGAAAAAGCCAUUAUUAUUAGAAAUGUUGGAAAAGCACAGAGAAAUGUUAAACGUUGAAACAAUAUUAAAAAUGAUCCAAACUGAGGAAAAUGUCGAACGUGCGUAAAAGAGGAAGAAAAAAGAGACAAGAAAGAUAUAAAAAAAAAACCGGAAAUUUCGAAGAUAGAAAAAAUACGCAAGAAUUCAUUAAGAAUUUUUUUUCUCUUUUCUUACUCGCUAAGCGCAAUAGACACAACACAUAUUUACAAGAAUAAGCUUCCACGCAAAUCUCAAUGUCUUUUUCAUGUUUUUUUUUCCCUUUUUUCUUGCUUUAAGUUGCUCUAUUAAAGCGCCUUGUCAGACGGUUUUUUGUAUGAGUUAAUCGUUAAAUAAAGCAUAAUCGAUAUUGUAUAUAAGUUAAAAAUUAGGAUAUAUAUAUGUAUAUAUAUAUAGUAAUCACAGCUUACGUAUAUAUAGUAAAGUUUCACUAUAAGGGAGAGAGAUGUACACAUUCACAUUUUAAAAUCGGUGUAUCGAGAGACCCGCUACUUUCUUCGCACGAUUAACUCGCGUAUUAUAUGUAUAAUAUAACCACCGCGUGCGGUAAAAUGCAAAUUUUAA